CGCUCUCUCUCUCACACACACACACACACACACGUUUCCCGGAUCCGCCCCUUCUACACAGACUACACUCUCUAGAGCUGGUGCCUGCCUGCUCACUGCUCUGUGUGUCUCUGCUGUACCCAAUGUCUCCCGUGUGCCUGAUGGAUGGGCCCUGCUGUGUUGUUUCUCCUGCUGCCUGAGGAGAGGGACUGUCAGAGUCAGAGUGCCACCUGUCCUUAGGUCUGGAGCUUACCUCAGGGCUGAGCAAUUUGGGUGGCUAUUCUCUGCAUUGUGCUUUCCUGGGGGCACCAGUGGUGUGAGUGAGAUGCAACAGGAGUCCAAACUGUUGACAGAGCAAUCCAUCACCCCCUUCUACUUAAGUCUCCAUUCUGGGAAAGAAGAUGGCAUCAACAGAGCAUGCUACGCUGAAUGUGUUCCAUCCCCCGGGCCUGUAAGCUCUGUACAUCUUUGGGAACUGUGUUUAUGAAUGAACAAACACCUGGCCCCAGCUUGCCCUGUGACUUCUCUACUAAUUCAUGAGCCAGCAGGAUGUGGCCGCUGUGCUUUCAGAACGUCUCCUUGUAGCUGCAUACAAAGGCCAAGCGGAUAAUGUGGUGCAGCUUAUCAACAAAGGUGCCAAGGUAGCAGUUACCAAGCAUGGACGAACUGCAUUGCAUCUUGCAGCCAACAAAGGACAUGUUAAUGUUGUCCAUAUCCUAGUGAAAGCCGGCUGUGAUCUGGAUAUUCAGGAUGAUGGAAACCAGACAGCCUUACACCGAGCAGCAGUUGUAGGAAACAGUGAGGUCCUUGCACUACUAAUACAAGAAGGCUGUGCCUUGGACAGACAAGAUAAGGAUGGUAACACUGCUCUGCACGAAGCAUCUUGGCAUGGAUUCAGCCAGUCUGUUAAAUUGCUCGUUAAAGCUGGUGCUAAUGUGCUUGCCAAAAACAAGGCAGGUAAUACACCUCUGCAUUUGGCUUGCCAGAAUGGCCAUUCCCAAAGCUGCCGGAUUUUAUUGCUUGCAGGAUCUCGGGCAGACUUGAAAAACAAUGUGGGAGAUACCUGUUUACAUGUCGCAGCACGCUACAAUCACCUUUCUGUCAUCAGAAUACUACUCAGUGCUUUCUGCUCAGUCAAUGAAAAAAAUCAGGUUGGUGAUACUCCACUCCAUGUUGCUGCUGCACUAAACCAUAGAAAAGUUAUUAAAGUUCUUCUUGAGGCUGGAGCUGAUGCAACUCUCCUUAACAAUGCUGGUCAAAUUGCUUUGGAUACAGCAAGACACCAUAAUAACUCAGAUGUGGCUCUUCUACUCACCAAGGCACCGCAGGUUUUGCGAUUUAGCCGUGGGAGAAGUCUUCGGAAGAAGAGAGAGAAACUGAAAGAAGAAAGAAGGACUCAGUCAGUACCAAGAGAAGAACUUGGAGAAAGUAAGGCCAGUAUUUCAGCAGCUGAUGAUACCCACAGUAGUGAGCAUGCAGCGGGCAAGCAAGGGGAGGGCAAAGAAGAGCAUCAAACUUCUGCUGCAGGUUCCAAACAAAGGAAAAGCAGAAAGCCUAAGGCAAAAGAAAAGAUUUCUGCUCUCUCAGACCCUACAUCACCUGCAGAUCAGCAGCCAUUGUGUGGUGCCCAGCAGUCCUCUCAUAAUCAUAAGCGAAGGAACAAACAAAGAGGUCCAUCUCCUCCAUCCCCUCCCCAUGAAGCCAGAGCUUACCAACUGUAUACCUUGUACAGGGGCAAAGACGGAAAAGUAAUGCAGGCUCCUAUCAAUGGGUGUCGGUGUGAGCCACUGUUGAUAAAACUAGAGAAUCAGUUGGAAGCCACCAAAGAAGAGAUAAAAGCAGAGAUUGCUACAGUGCAGGACCAAAUGAAUGCAAAACUGGGACAAAUGGACAACAAAACCCAACACCAGCUGCGAGUUCUUGACAAACUUAUGUUGGAGAGGAUGUCUGCAGACAGAGCAGAAUGUGUCUGUCGCCUACAACAGCAUGCGGAUGUACAGAAAAAUGAAGCAGAGAAACGACAGGUAUCUGUUGUAAAUGAUCUGAAAACUUGGUGCCUACUAAAAAUUCAGAAUCUGGAGAUGAGGUUUUCUGGUGAGUCCAAGACAGUGAAGGCUAAAUCCAUUCCUUCUACUUGUGAAUCCACCGAUCAGCCCAAUUCAGAGAGUCAUUGCAGCACCAAGGAAUGUUAUAGUACAGAAACAUUAACCCUUCCACAGUCUUCUGCACAGCAUUCCUGUGUCACCUUUCAGAGCAGCUUGCCUGAUGAGCCAGGAAGAACUGACAUAUUCCAUUCAGAUGAAAGCAACAGAAAGCAGCAGUUGCCACCCCAGCAAGAGCUGACUCUUUGUCCAGCUCCAGACCAGAUGCCAGCCGUCCCUCCAGCAGUGAGGCCUAAGGAAAAAGCAAAUGCUCACCCUGUCUUAAGAACAAAGCAAGGCCAGAAUUCAUGUGAUCAUCUUAAUUCCAGACCUCGACAAGCAAAAAUUCCAUCCAUUUCGAAGCCCUCAGCAGAACUUAAUAAAACUGAAAAACAGUAUAUCAAUCUCAUGGACCGAGGGACUCAAACAAGGAAGUCUGCAAAAGUUAUUCAUGGACGGCAGAGAGGACAAAUGCCUGAGCCUCAAAAUCAACCACAGCAAGCUCUGCCACAGGCAAGGGACACAUCACAGGCAUUGGAAAUCACUCAAUAUUUCUUUGAGGCAGUUUCCACUCAAAUGGAAAAAUGGUAUGAGAGGAAGAUAGACGAAGCCAAAUCUCAAGCAAAUCUGAAAGCGGAGGAGGAUAAAGCAGCCUUGCAGCAGCAUAUUGAGAGUUUAGAGGAAGAACUAUGGAAACUGAGGACUAAACUUCAGAAAGAGAGCUAGCAUUAACCCUUUAGGGGAUGUAUCCUGAACAUACAUGACCUGCAGUAACCAAGUGUAUUAAACUAAAGCAUUACCCCAGUUAUCAGGACUGCAGAUUCCCUUUGGCUGUCUGUAUACUGGCUCUGCAUCUCCUGUGAUAUAAAUAAUUGUGUUCCAUGGUGUCAUUGAAUCAGGUGAAGCAAAAUACACUUACAUUUAACAAGCAUACCACAUCUGAGUUCAACUUUUGAGAAAAAUGCAAUACUGCUAACUGAUGAAUCUACAGCUACUAAAUAUAAUAUAAAUCAAGAGACACAGUUGUGGAUAAACGAGAGAACAAUAUGCAAAAAUGAAUCUAUUCAAUCCUUCAGAAUGCUUUUGCAUGGAAUCAGUUUAUAAACAGUAGUAUGCAUGUGACAUUGCUUGGACAGCCGGGAUAUUUGGUUCUCUUUGUACUGUUGUUUUAUUAAGUGCCAUGGAAUCAUGUUGUUCGGUAUUAUAGACAUAUACAGUAAGACUAGCAUGUAUUUAAAAAAGAUCAUAUAGCCAUAUAGCUGCUUCAUUGUCAAUGUGAUUAAUUAUGUCCUAAACGUCUCACCGAUAGUUAAAAGGUUGUAAUGGUUGCUGGAAGUUCUACAGAUCUGUAGAGCCACGGAUUACCCAUUACAGGCUUAUGUUAUAUCAACAAUGAAUGCUAUGUAGAAAAUUCCAGUGUAUGCUUUUGUUUCAGUAUCUGAUACAUUCCUCAUCGUGACUGAUAUUUUUAUUUUACUGGAUAUUAAACAAUAGGCAUAAAUAUUUGUAAAUAA